GUGUUAAAGAGGCACUGCACGUAACAAGUUGUUUAUCCAUAAUGAUAAUACCACGAUAUUUGGCGCGUCCUCUAUUCCAAUGGUCUUUCCUUGGCAGAUCUUCACGAUUUAUGUCCCAGCUGUCGCAGGAUAACGUGCGCAUUGUGGAGGUGGGACCACGCGAUGGUCUUCAAAACGAGCCCAAAUUGCUGCCGGCUGCUAUAAAAAUUGAGCUUAUAAAUCAGUUGUCGAAAACGGGCUUACAAACAAUUGAGGCCACCAGUUUUGUGAGUGCUAAAUGGGUGCCUCAAAUGGGCGACAAUUCGCAGGUCUUGCGUGGCAUACGCCGUGCACCAGGCAUUAGUUAUCCUGUGCUGACGCCAAAUCUGAAAGGAUUUGAGAGUGCUUUAGAGGCGGGCGCCGAGGAAGUAGCUGUAUUUGGCGCCGCUUCGGAUGCAUUUUCGCUUAAAAAUGUCAACUGUACAGCGGCAGAGGCAAUCGAGCGCUUCAAGCCCGUCCUCGAAGCUGCUAAGAAAAAUGGAGUUCGCGUGCGAGGCUACGUUUCCACUGUGGUAGGCUGCCCCUACGAGGGAGCUGUGCCACCCCAGGCUGUGGUCAAGGUGGUAACUGCGCUGCAUGAAAUGGGCUGCUAUGAAAUCUCGCUGGGCGACACUAUUGGCGUGGGAACUCCAGGUAGCAUGCGCAAGAUGCUGGAUGAGGUGACACGCGCCGUACCUGCACAGCAACUGGCCGUGCACUGCCAUGAUACGUACGGCCAGGCGCUAUCGAACAUUCUGACUUCCUUGGAGUACGGUAUAAGAGUUGUGGAUGCCUCUGUCUCUGGCCUGGGCGGCUGUCCCUAUGCACGCGGCGCAUCCGGCAAUGCAGCUACUGAGGAUGUCGUCUAUAUGCUGCACGGAAUGGGUAUGAAUACGGGUGUCAAUCUGGAUAAACUCAUUAAAGUGGGCCGCUACAUAUGCACGGAAUUGGGCAGACCAACUGAAUCCAAGGUGAAUCGUGCCUGGAAAGGGCCCCAGGGUAAAAAGUUAUAAACUUCUUACAUACCCACACAGCAAUCGAUGGCAUUUACUAGUUACUAAUUGUUACUAGGUGUGUUUUAAGUCGUAAUCUUUAUUUGUUAAAUUAAAAAACUAAUUGCGAUUCG